GCUCCUCCUUUUUCUUCGUCGAGUCUCCUCCCACUUCGAGGCGAAGUCUCUCCCAAGUCCACCUCUCUCUCUCUCUCUCUCUCUCUCUCUCCUCCUCGUCCUCCUCGUCCUCCUCCUCCUCCUCUCCGCCAUGGGCGAGAGCUCGAGCUCGAGCUCGAGCUCAGGAGCUCCGACCCCCGUCAAGGAUCCGCGGACGAUCGCUAGGAAGUACCAGUUGGAGCUGUGCAAGAGGGCGGUGGAGAAGAACACGAUCGUGUACCUGGGCACGGGGUGUGGGAAGACGCACAUCGCGGUGCUGCUCAUGUACGAGCUCGGGCACCUCAUUCGCAAGCCGAGCAAGCAGGUCUGCGUCUUCCUCGCUCCCACCGUCCCCCUCGUUCGACAGCAAGCCAUGGUAAUUGAAAAUUCCACUGAUUUCAAAGUUCGGUGCUACCAUGGGCACAGUAAGAAUUUAAAGGACCAUGAUGAUUGGAACAUGGAGAUUGAACUAUCUGAGGUGCUUGUUAUGACCCCACAAAUAUUGCUACAUAAUUUGAGGCAUUGUUUUAUCAGGAUGGAUUUGAUUGUGCUUCUUAUUUUUGACGAGUGUCAUCAUGCACAGGCGCAGACGAGGCAUCCAUAUGCACAAAUAAUGAAGGAAUUUUAUAAAACCAAUGGCAUGAAAGUUCCUCGUAUAUUUGGUAUGACUGCAUCACCUAUCAUUGGAAAAGGUGGGUCCAACCAAUUGACUUACACAAAAUGCAUCAAUAGUCUUGAGAGUUUGCUUCAUGCUGAGGUCUGCACAGUUGAUAAUCUUGAACUUGAAAGUAUAAUUGCUUCUCCAGAUCUUGAGGUCUACUCUUAUGGCCCCAUUGUUCAUACUUCUUCGAGUCUUAUUGUUACUUGCAGUGAGAAACUUGAGAAGCUGAAAGUCCAGUGCAUGUCCCUGCUAAGGGAGAAUUUAUGUGAUUUCAAGGAUCAACAAAAGAAAAUGAAGUUUCUGUUGGGGUUGCACGACAAUCUGUUGUUCUGUUUGCAAAGUGUUGGUCUUUGCGGGGCUCUUCAAGUGAGUGAUAUUUGAUAUUGCAAUUGUUUU